AUGGAAUCUGUUCUGGGUAAAUAUCAUUCAAGCUCUAAUGUAAUGUUGCCUGGCCAAGAAUACCCAUUAAAUCAAAAUGAGAACAUUUCGUAUAAUCGGUCAAUAAGAACACGUAUCGAAUUAUUCAUUCAUAUUCUCAGAAAUUUAGGAGAAUCGUAUUAUAGUUUCGUAGAAGAAUGUGAUAAUUUAAGAGACAGUUUUACUCGAGAAUUUGCUCAGUCGGCCUAUUCUUCAAGACUCAUUCUAAAGACAAUUAGAUCCUUGAUAAUUGAGCAACCAAAUAAACAACCAUAUAUAGCAUUUUUGUUAAUCCACAUUGAAGAAGAUAAUAUACAUAUAUCAAAUACCAUUAUUGAAUAUUUACUCCGAGAAUUUCAACAACAAUUAGAUUUAACAAGUAACAAUAAUGAAAUUGACAAAUUUGGGGCAGAAACGUGGACUAAUGUAAAAAUGUACACUAGGUUUUUCUCUCUUAUUUCACCAAUCAUCAACUUAGGAAGUAUUAUUUUUCAUUAUAAAAAUAUUUUAAAACUAGCCUGUGAAAUGAAUAAGAAAAAUGUUAUUUUGGCUAAUCUUAUUUUGGAAAGUGUCUUAAAAAAUAUUCCAUUUCUUUUCUACUUUAAUAGACAGAAUAAAAUAUUACAAUUUGAAAUUAUUAAUUUAAUUAAUGUUAUGGAAGUUGAUUUCACUACAAAACAUAACAAUCUUGGUUUAGUUCGACCCUAUUAUUAUGAGAAUUUAGAAAUUUGUAAUGAGAAUCAAGUGACUGUUUCACAGAUGAAAAAACUUCUCCACAACGGUUUGGAUAAAUUCAAUAAAAUAUUUCCGAAAUGGACAAUAACAAUAUCUGAUUUGUUCUCUAAAAAUAUUAAGAAGCAAUGGAAGUUACAAUAUCCAACUGUAAAGAGGAUUUUGACUUUUAAAGAAAUUGAAACUAACCAUUCUUGGACCGGCAUUAUUACAGAUUCUUACCCCUACCAAGAUUAUAAAAUACAGUUUGAACGAACUUCCGGUCAUUUAAAUAAAAGUGAAAUAGAAACUUCUAGUAAACUAAUUGUUCCAGAUAAUAUUACUGACGUUAUGCAUAAUCUUGAAUUUAAUAAAAUAGAAGGUUGUAAAACUUUAAUGCAACUCUAUAAUUAUUUUCAGAAUAUAUGUUCAGAUAGUAACCAGGAUAAAUCCAAGAAAAAUGUCUAUUAUACUGUAAUUCAGACAAUUGUUAGUAUGUUACUAAGGUUACCUUACUCCAUAAUCCCAACUCUGUAUUAUUCCUUAGUGCUUCAAGAAUUUUGUAGACAGUCCCCCAAGCAAUUUUCCACAAUUAUUGGGAAACAUUUUCGUUUCAUUCACAUGAAUCUUUGUACUUCGGAUUGUAAGACCACAUUAGAGUAUGAAAAAAGCCAUAGAUUCCAAUUAAUCAACUUCGAUUAUAAGUGUAAAUGUGAACAAUUAAUAGUCGAUUAUACUACAUGCCACCUUUAUCCAUAUAAUUCUAAAACGUUUCUCCAUGUGAACAUUAUAAAAGGUUUAGCAAGUUCUACACCAAAUUUACAGGAAUUGAAAAUGAGUUUGUCUUUGAUUUUUCAAAAUAUUUUGAGGAAUAAAUAUUUUGAUAAUUAUAGCAUGGCUCUGUAUAUGAAUCAUCAAUUUAAUCAUGGCAACAAUAGUUUCAAUUUUGAAGAUGUUGGACUAUUAUGUCCCCAAGACAGUUUUCCCUUUCACGAAACUAUUUUAAGAAUUCUCCACUGUACGCAUGUAUACAAUAAUGACGGAAGUAAAAGUAAUAGAAAUGAGUUGGUGCAUCUUGUUAGCAAUAUUGAAACGAAUAAUUCAGGUUUCUUUAAAAACUUUGAAGUUCUCAGAGUAAUUAUUUUGAUUCAGUAUAUUUGUCAUAGUGGAAGGAGAUCAUUAUCGAAUGCAAAUAAUUACAUAGAGGUACUUGGUGAUAGAGUUUUUGAAAUAUUAGAAAAGGUAAAAAUAAAAAGUUCCAAUUUGCAAUUUAUUGUGACAGGCUCGAUAAUUAGAUAUUGGAAUAAAAAUACGUCCACUAGGUUUUUGCUCCUCAACUCCUUCAAGCAAUCUGACCUUAUUAGUGAUCUAGUGGUGAUAGAAUUUUCAUUUUAUGAUGUGAACCAGGAACUCAAGUUACUUAUCAGUUAUGGGGCAAGGGAAUAUUUCCCGGAAACAUUAGACGAAAAUAUACAAUGCGCAGCUGAUUCCAAAUAUUAUAUAUUUUUAAGAUCUUAUAAAUUGGCAAUGAAGAUAAUAUCCGAUUCUUUGAAUGAGAUGGAAAUUAAGGAUGAUACAAUUAUUGCACAUCCAGAAUUGUUCGAUGCGGAAGACGCCCCAAAUGACUAUGCUAACGAUAAGUGGAAGUAUCUUGAAGAUGUGAAAUUAAUAAAAUGUGUAUUCAGAAAAUUUUAUUGCAUAUAUAGAAAAAUAUCCGGUAUAUUGUUUAGUAUACUUCUUCAGAUUAAUUUGAUGCAUUUCCAAACUAUUGAAGGAAUUGCUGCCUGGAUUAAAGAAUGUCAAAUUUUGAGCUAA